AUCACCUCUGGCGACCCCGGAAGUGGGUCGGGGGCUUGGCCUCUCCGGGCCUCAGAGCCGGAGCGGGCGGUGCUCGCCAGAGGGGUCCUCCCGAGAGUGCCAGUAGGGCAGCGGGCCCCGGGCGCCGGGCAAGGCCCGGAUUAGGGGUCUAGGAUGCUAAACGUCCCUUCCCAGUCUUUUCCGGGCCCCAGUUCUCAGCAGCGCGUGGCCUCCGGGGGGCGUAGCAAGGUACCUUUAAAACAAGGCAGAAGUCUUAUGGAUUGGAUUCGAAUGACCAAAAGUGGGAAAGACCUAACAGGAUUAAAAGGCAGGCUAAUUGAAGUAACUGAAGAAGAACUUAAGAAACACAAUAAAAAAGAUGACUGUUGGAUAUGUAUCAGAGGGUUUGUUUAUAAUGUCAGCCCGUAUAUGGAAUAUCAUCCUGGGGGAGAAGAUGAACUAAUGAGAGCAGCGGGAUCCGAUGGUACUGACCUUUUUGAUCAGGUUCACCGCUGGGUCAAUUACGAAUCCAUGCUGAAAGAAUGCCUGGUUGGCAGAAUGGCGGUUAAACCUGCAGUUCCAAAAGGUUUGCUUUCCAAGACCCAAGUGACAGACACACUUACCAAAGAAGGUCUUAAUUCUCCAAGCUAUGAUUGGUUUCAAACAGACUCUUCAGUCACCAUUGUCAUAUAUACUAAACAAAAGGAUAUCAGUUUAGAUUCAGUAAUAGUUGAUCAUCAAGGUGAUUCCUUUAGAGCAGAAACAAUUAUCAAGGAUUAUUCAUAUCUUGUACAUAUUGCGCUAAGCCAUGAGGUUGAGGAAGAUUUUUCUGUGCGAGUUGUGGAGAAUGUGGGAAAAAUAGAGAUUAUCCUCAAAAAAAAAGAACAUACUUCAUGGAAAUGUCUUGGUCUUCCCCUGGAGAGGCAUAAUUUACUUACCCCAAAGAAAGAUGCAGGUCUGUACUAUAGAAAGUGCCAGUUGGUUUCCAAGGAGGAUGUCACUCAUGAUACGAAGCUGUUCUGUUUGAUGCUGCCCCCGUGCACUCAUCUCCAGGUGCCGAUUGGGCAACAUGUUUACCUCAAGGUAACUAUCACAGGUACAGAAAUAGUAAAGCCAUAUACACCUGUAUCUUAUUCCUUACUCUCAGAGUUCCAAAAACCAGUUCCUCCCAACAAUAAAUACAUCUACUUUUUGAUCAAAAUCUAUCCUGCUGGACUCCUCACACCAAAGCUUGAUCAUCUUCAAAUUGGAGAUUUUGUGUCUGUAAGCGGUCCUGAGGGCAAUUUUAAAAAAUCCAAACUCCAGGAAUUGGAAGAUCUCUUUUUAGUGGCAGCUGGAACGGGCUUCACACCAAUGGUUAAAAUACUGAAUUAUGCUUUGAGUAAUGUACUCAGUCUCAGGAAGUUGAAGUUGAUGUUCUUCAAUAAAACAGAGGAUGAUAUAAUUUGGAGAAGCCAAUUGGAAAAAUUAGCAUGUAAGGAUAAAAGAUUUGAUGUUGAAUAUAUUCUCUCAGCACCAACGUCUGAAUGGAAUGGCAAGCAGGGACAAAUUUCACCAGCUCUUCUUUCUGAAUUUUUGAAACGAAGUGUAGAAAACUCCAGAGUCCUUCUCUGCAUUUGUGGACCAACGCCAUUCACAGAACAAGGAAUAGAGUUGCUGCAUGACCUUUGCUUUUCCAAAGAGGAGAUCUACAGUUUUACAGCAUAACGAAGAACUGUCAUUUUCCUUUUUUUCAGCUAGUUUAUCUAAAUUUGUGAUUGCUUAGAAAUUUUUAAGAGAACAUUUUUGUAUGUAUUACAAGGUUAACUAGAAUCUGGUCUUCAGCUUCUUAAAUGAAGUCAAAUAUUCCUUGGGUACAGAUGAACUUGUUGGCUUUAUUUUGUACCAUAACUUAUUUUACUAUUAAUAUUUGACCUGGAAGGGCAGUCAUAGUAACAGAUACACACAAGAGUCUUUGUUAUGAAUUACAAAUUUCCUUAUUAUUGAAAAUGUAUCACUGUUUUAAAAUAAGCAGCUAUGUUUUACGACAUGAUAAAGUAAAUGAUCACUUUGAUCACAUUUCUAUGCUAUAAAUUGUUAGCAAUACAGAUUAAAUUUUACAUUGCACUUUUAACUCAGGAAAUGAUCAUUUAUGUCCUUGUUAUUAAUAGGAAAACAUGGAAUUCUGUAACUUCUUGAAUGAUCCAAAUAAUUUUAUGUAUAUAUUUGCCAUUGAAUCAGUAGAAUAAAAUUAUACUUAAAUACUUUUUAACCCUUGUGGUAAAAAUAUGUUGAAUGCAACAAAAUUGGGCUGGUGUCUUAAAAAGAGAAUUUUUAAAAGACACCAAUAAAAGAUAUCGGCGACAUUUCA